AAUCGAACGUUCAAACGAUUAAUUAUCUCCAAAGCGUUUCCGAUAUCAGAGAGAAAGAGAAAGAGAAAGAGAAGGAGAGAGAGAGAUACAAAAGGCUUAACGAUACUCGGUAUUCCGAGAGUUACUUAUCAUCAAAGAAUAAGAAGUCGUUGAAUUUCUUGAAAACGUAGACAAUGUAGGUCACGAAGAGAUAUAUACGUACAAUACAUAUACAUAUGUACGUCCGAAAAAGCCUUUGAGUAUCUCAACUUCACAGCACUCUAAAACACUUGGCACCGACCGUAUCACCCUUCUUACCUUUCUUCAUUCCAACCCUUAUAUUCACCCUCUCUAUAUCUUUGUCUCUUUCACUCUCUAAUAUAAGUAUAUAUAUACGUCUCUUAGAUUUUUUUUCUAUCUCUAUCACUCGUACAUACAUACGUAUACAUACAUACACAUUUUUAAUGUCCUUUCUCUCUCUCUUUCUUUUCUUACAGAGAUACCAAAUAAUUAAUUAAUUCUUUUCGCUCUAUCACUCUCUCGUAUGCUUUCACGUAUAUAAACAUUUUAAUAACUUCUUUCUUUCUCUUUCUUCCUCACAUAAAGAUACACACGUAUCUUACGUUUUUUCGUUCUAUCUCUUUCGGUCUUAUAAUACCUAAAUCUUGAAUUUUUUAUUCUGUUUCUCUUUCUUUCUCCUACUCAUGCACGAACAUAUAAAAAAUCGUUCAUGUUUUCUUUCUGACUUUCACACAGAAUACAGAUAGAUAUACAUUUCUAUCGUUUUUCUUUUCAUUUCAAUUCUUUGCCACCUUCUUCUUUCUUACACUUUACCUGGUUCGCUGGUACACCGUGUCAGUUGCAACUGCGCAAUGUCCGAAAACUAGCCAGAGGAGCACACCCUUCCGCAGUUGCAGUUCGCAAGACGGUCUCGUCGGAUCGUGAUCGUACUUUACGGUCAGUUUCAAUUUUUAAAAGCUCGACGAGGACAAUCGUUAAGAAAACGUUUGUUGAAGUUGUAUUAACGACAAUAAAUUUAUAUUAGUUUAUAUAAGUGCUUUUUUUUUAUGUUGGUUUGCAUGUGGAAAGCGUUUCGCCGAUAGAAACGCGGGCUGUUUAAUUAGCGUAUCGCAAAAUGAAAGAGUCCAGACACGUGAUCGAUAACGAUACACGUGAGCUUUCCUUCGAGAAUCAAUCGCGAGUAAAGGUAAAUUAUGAUACACGUGUCAGCAGAAAACGCGCACCGAUACGACCGUGUAAAGCGCAAGGGUACCACCUUCCUAACGAGCCUCUUUAAAUCGAGGAAGCUCAAUUUAGGAAUGAAGAUCAACGAGGACGAAGAAAUGGAACGUUCUCCUAGGAUUGAGUCACCUGCCAUUAUCGCAAACACGUGCCGCCGAGGGGGAAACGAGAACGACAAUGCCGUGUCGAGGAUUCCGUCGACCUUGAGCGUCACUGCCGUUGCCGUCGACGUCGCUUGUCAACCCUCACCGUCACACUCUUUUUUGACCUCGACACCAGGUAGAACGCGAAACAUCGAUCAAGAUAUGGAGGCAAUCAGGCUCAGUCGUCAAGACAAUCCAUAUCUUCAGGUAUUGGCCAGUCGUGAGAGUCUCGUCGAAUCGAUUGGAGAAUCGGAAUCGGACGAUGCGAAUCUUAUGUCCCAGGAGCUGUGUGACACGGACCCUUUGACCCUAGCCCAAGUACACGAGCAUCUAGUGCGUAGUCCACCCCCAGCUUCUUGGCCACAUUCUACAGCGUUCGAUUUUUCCCGACAUAAUCAAAAUUAUGGAACACAUAGGGGAAACGAGCAAGAGCUUUCGAGAAGCGAGCCUUCUACGGACAUAAGAGAUCGACACUCGCAUACUUUCUCAUUGUUACAUCCAACUCCGAUAAGAAGCUUUUCGGAGGUACGUCGACUUCACAGAUCAGCUGAUGAUAGUGUUCAAUUGAUGUCGAACGAAUAAAAUUGAUCUGAAGAUGAUCGAUUCAUCAAGAUCAUGAUUUUAUUCAACAAAUUCGACUUGUUUUACAAAAUCCGAAUUGUAUUUUCGGAUGUCAUCGAUCGAAGAAAAGGAAAAAAAGUGGAAGAAGAAGAAGAGUUGUGGAAAUGAAUAGAAAUUUCUCAUCGACUCUAUUUCUACUAUGAAAAAUGCUUUCGAAGCAUUAAUAAGUCGAUUGUAAUCUUCUACUCUUUGCUAGUCAUUAUAGGAAAUAACUGACCUAAAUAUUUUAGUUGUCCACAUCAUAAUUAUUAUUUUCUUUCUUUUUUUUUUUUUUGUUUUUUGUUAAAUACGAUCUUUUCAAGAUACAUAAUUAUCAUUAGAUUUACUCAAAAAAAUCAACUAUCAUCGCCUCAAUGUCAUUAUAUUUUUACUCGAACUUGAGAUCGUAAGCCAAAAUGUUAUCCUUACUUUUUUUUGUUCUUAGGUACAAUGGUACAAUCUCGAGAAAAAAGAGAGAAAGAAAGAGAAAGUAAGAGAGAGAGAGAGAGAGAGUAAGAGAGAGAGAGAGAGAGAGAGAACGAGUAGACGUAAACAAAAAUUUAUUGAAUCGUCGCAAAAUAAUCGUAUUUAAUGUCAAUAAUAUCAAACGUAUUUGCACAUAUAC